CUUUGUUUUCUAGGUAGCCAUGACUAGAAAGAAGGUGAAGCUUGCCUACAUCACCAAUGAUUCUGCAAGGAAAGCUACGUUCAAGAAAAGAAAGAAGGGUCUGUUGAAGAAGGUGAACGAACUGAGUACCCUUUGUGGGAUAGAAGCUUGCGCGAUUAUCUACAGUCCAUAUGAUGCUCAACCUGAGGUUUGGCCAUCCCCUGCUGGAGCCCAACGCGUGCUCUCAGAGUUUAAGAAGAUGCCUGAGAUGGAACAAAGCAAGAAGAUGGUGAGCCAAGAGAGUUUCCUUAGGCAAAGAAUCACAAAAGCCAAUGAACAACUCAAGAGACAAUGCAGGGACAAUCGCGAGAAGGAGAUCACACAAGUCAUGUUCCAAUGUCUGGUUGGAAAAGGGUUGCAGAAUUUGAACAUGAUGGAUUUGAAUGACCUCGGGUGGUUGCUCGAGCAAAACUUGAAGGAUAUUGACAAGAGGAUUGAUACACUUAACAAGGCGUCUCAUUCUCGAGGGUCUGCGGCAGCAUCAUCAGGAACAACAAUGGCAACGCUAGAUGCAAGGCUGAAAAGUGGAGAGAAGGUGCAACCAGAGAGUUCAGACCGUGAAGUGAGCAUGGAAACUGCGCAGAGGCAACAGUGGAUCAAGGACCUGAUGCAUCCACCAGAGCACGUGGGACUUGGUUCAGUGCUCCCAUUCGGGGAUAAUAACCCCACUGCUCUUUGGUCUAAUGCUUUUUUCCCUUAGGAAAAACAACUAUGUGUAUCACAGUUCCAAUGUCUAGUUGUCUGCUUGUGUUAUGUCUAAGAGAUGUUCUUAUUGCAUGUUUUUAUGUUCUAGUUUAAGUUACUUACAUUUUCUUUUCUUGUUCACAAUCACCCCUUG